AUGAAAAUUAAAUUUUUAUUAUUACUGGAUCAAUCCGGGGAUCAAUCUAGGGAUCAAUCUGGGGAUCAAUCUGGGGAUCAAUCUGGGGAUCAAUCUGGGGAUCAAUUUGGGGAUCAAUCUGGGAAUCAAUCUGGGAAUCAAUCUGGUGAUCAAUCUGGUGAUCAAUCUGGAGAUCAAUCUGGAGAUCAAUCUGGUGAUCAAUCUGGUGAUCAAUCUGGUGAUCAAUCUGGUGAUCAAUCUG